AUGCCCAUGUCACUGUUUAGGAGCACCGCCAACUCGAACAAUGCGGGCUCUGCAUUGCGAUCGCCCGCGCAAAGGCGCAUAUCAGCACCAGUGUCCAUACGCCUAUCUACCAUCACAGAAGGAGCGAACGCAGGACAGCCCGAUACCGGUGUGAACAAUACGCGCCAGUCGAGAAGUCAUAUCAGAAGCUUGGACAACGUCCCGGAUUCGCCAGGUCGACUACCGCCUUAUAGACAAGCUUCCCGAAGUAGUGCGGGAGGCAGGAGUCAAGAUACUGGACGGACUGCUCCUCCGGCGUAUACGUGGGUACCUGAUCCCAUAGAGGGGGAGGAAGACUUGCGCGCGCCGGUGGAGGGCGAGAAGCUUGCUGAGCUGAGGCGUAAUGGUGGACAUUUACGGAAGGCACGACAGAGAGGCGGAUGGGGCCGAGCAGCGGUUGUCGCGGUCGUGGUCUUGCUGGUCGUGGGACUGGCGGUGGGUCUUGGUGUAGGGCUGACCGCUGGGAGGAAACACCAGAACAGCAGCUCAGCAGACCAAGCCGGACCUAGUGGCGCAACAUCGCCCGACAACCGUACACAAGUCUUCCCACUCGGCGAAUAUAGCUUGCUCACAAACUUGCGGGAGGUGAACACGAGCUGCACUUCCAACCCAGCGACAUGGCGGUGCUACCCAUACACUGUAUUCAAUCCCACAGACGGCACUACUAAUACCAGCAGUGCAGCAACCUUCAACUGGAUCAUCACGAAUACAUCGUCCGCGUACACCACCAACACCUCAUCGAGCACGCCCUCCGAAGGCAUCCCGGCCAACCUGACGAUCAGCUCGACGAACAACCCGUUCAGCAUUAUGUUCACAAAUCAAUCUCUAACCUACAUCUCCCUCGCAUCAAACACCUCCUCACCCCGCCUGACCUUCAACUUCACCCAGUCCAAGUCCGUCAUACCCAGUACCAGCAUAACAUCCAACGGCGCCACGGCCGAGUGUUUCUUCAACAGCACCGAUUUCACAGGCACGCUGUAUCUGGACGUUCCUCGCACUUAUCCUGAUGGGCAAGAAGCGCAGCAGGAUUCUAGUACGGGCGGCUUUGAGCAAUGGCCUUAUGCGGUGGAGAUUUCGCAAGCCAGUCCUGGAGGACAGGACGUACCGGCUUGUUAUCAGAUGAUUAAUGGUGGCGUUGGGGAUAGGAUCUUAACGGCAGGGACGGCGAUGUCGGAGGAGAGUAGGUGUUUGUGUGAUUACAGGAAUUAUUGA